AUUACAUAUCACCCAUCACUCAAAGAGCACUUUUCAACGACGAUGACAUGUAAUCCAACCAAUACUCAUUGCCCGCGCUUUUUUUUCUUCUUCUUCACUUAUUGUCGUUUUUCCUCCCUUUUCUCUUCUUUUCUUCACUUUUACUCGUCUUUGUGUUUUCCUUGCUUGCCUGGAAAACAGGCUUCUUUCAUGCAUUCCUCUCCACUUGGUUCCACUAUUACUGCUUUCACCGCCAACAUCAUUCCUAACCAGUAACCAAAUACAUCUUUCUUUUUACAAAUUUACUAUCGCCGUGAACAACUACAAAACAACACGUCGACAGAUUGAAAAGAGAAUAUUUAAUACGCUAUAAUAAUUCUUUACACAAUUAAUCAUAAUUAUGUUGUCCAUCACCAACGUUAAUCUGCGAUAUCGCAGGGUCGUCGUUGCCACCAAGGCAGCUAUCACAUCAACAAUUCGCCCACUUCAAAAGCACCACUACACCCUCUACGAUCUUCAAUAUGUCUUUCUCUUUGCGCUCUUCAGCUUCUGCUAUUACAUCAUGGAGAAGCCGAUCUGGUUCAAGCUGCCCAUUGCACUUGGCGCUAUUGGUCUAUUGAUCCCUCAAAAGACCCGUCAGUUUAUGCUUCCGUUCCUUGCCAUUGCUGCUUGGCUGGUGUUAUUCUAUUGUUGUCGUUAUAUCCCUGCAGAGUGGAGACCCCAUAUUUUUACAUCUGUCCUUCCUACUCUUGAAAAUAUUCUUUAUGGUGGUAACAUCUCUGAACUUCUUGCCCAAUCCACGUCCCCUGCAAAAGAUCUUCUGGCGUGGAUGCCCUAUGGAGUGCUACACUUUGCACUACCAUUCAUCACAGCGGCAUUGAUUGCAUACUUUGGUCCCAAGGGCACUCUUCCCGUCUUUGCUCGUACCUUUGGUUACAUGAAUUUAGCAGGUGUUCUCACGCAACUGUUCUUUCCCUGUGCUCCACCAUGGUACGAAACCAAUUAUGGUGCAUUGGAGCCUGCAACCUAUUCUAUGCCCGGUAGUCCCGGUGGGCUUGCUCGUGUCGAUGAGAUUUUGGGACUAAAUAUGUACAAAUCCACCUUCACGGCAUCACCUUUAGUAUUUGGCGCAUUCCCUUCAUUACACUCUGCCUGUGCCUGGCAGCUUGCUUUCUUCCUUGUCUUUAUCUUUGGUCCCCGCUCUGUGCCAUUCGUGGUCGGAUACGUCUUUUGGAUAUGGUGGGCAACCAUGUACCUUGGUCAUCAUUACGUUGUUGACUUGGUUGGAGGCGCUGGAUAUGCUGUCGUCGCCUUCUGGAUUGGCUCUUUUUUCUUGCCUUCAGUCCUUCCUCAACAUCACAACGCCAAGGCUGCAUACGUCAUUCAUGAUUUGGGCGAUGCAAUGAGCCACCAGGAAAAACAAUUACUUUUUAAUGCGGCUCAUGAUGACUUUGCUGAGAACGCCACAUGGGUUCAGGAUGAUGACGGCAAUGGUGACAUUGAGGAAAUGGCCAAAGUGGUCGUGGUCUCUGUCGAACCUGAGAUGGAGGAAUGCAAUCUAAUUCAGUCUUCAUCCGCACCAUCCUCACCCACGGUUGGAUCUGCUCCCAGGAAGAAUAGUCAGUAUCGUCAGAGCUGGAACGGUUGGCAAGGAUAUGAGUCUUGGAUGGAAGUCCUUGCCACUAUCAACUCUCCACGUGCCUCUCCUCGCACUUCGCCCACAUCCACCCCUCGCCACUCUAUUACUCAUGUUCACGGAUAUAAUAGUCGCUCCCGUCUCAGCCGCGAGUCAACCCAUUCAACCGGAUCUGUUACUACUCUUGAUCUAGACAAGGAGGUAAAUGUGGCCAUGGUUCAAGGCUCUUCGUCAUCGAAGCGUGAUUCGUUCCUGAAUAUGGCUUCUAUUCCCUCACCGCUAGCAGCAAUCGAAGAGGAUGCUGUUAGCAGUUUAAAUGCAAUUAAUGUGGCCACGGGUCGAUCUCGGCCCAGUCGUUUGAUUCUGGAACACGGCCAAAAUACCCUUUACUCUGGAUCAAUGCCCAAUAGCCCUGCAAUGGUUGUUGCCGAAUCAAAUGCCGAAUCAAAUGCCGAAUCGAGCCAAUCAAGCCAAUCGAGUCAUUCAAGUCAAUCAACCAGCUCAUCCAGACCUAUAUCUCCUCGAUCAUUUGUUGCUGAUAGUUCUUCGCUUGCUCUUGGCAAGCGCUAUAAGGAUGAAUAAGUCGAUGGUUGCCUCUUUUCUUUCUGUCACUCUCUCUUACCUGUAUCAUAUAUCUACUCUCAUUUUCUUCUGCCGCAGUUCUUUUAAGCAUGUAAACAUAACUAAUAGUCAAAUUAUAAUAAUAAUAAUAAACAGUUCUGCUGGGACCUCCAUUUGUUCUGCGCAAUAUGUUUGUCAGAAGGGUGGCGAAGCAUUAAAAAACCAAGCCUUUUUUUAAGUUCCACCAGUCACACAUUCAC